CCUGACCCUGGACCCACUCAAACCCUUCGGAGGGUAUUCCCGCAAUGUCACCCACCUGUACUCCACCAUCCUCAGCCACCAGGUCGGCCUCUCAGGUAGGGAGGCCCAUGAGGAGAUCAACAUCACCUUCACGCUGCCCACAGCCUGGAGCGCUGACGACUGUGCCCUGCAUGGCCACUGUGAGCAGGUGGUGUUCACGGCCUGCAUGACCCUCACUGCUGCCCUUGGGGUCUUCCCUGUAACUGUGCAGCCACCACACUGUGUCCCCGACAUGUACAGCAACGCCACACUCUGGUACAAGAUCUUCACAACCGCCAGAGAUGCCAACACAAAAUACGCUCAAGACUACAAUCCUUUUUGGUGUUACAAGGGCGCCAUCGGCAAAGUAUACCAUGCUUUAAACCCCAAGCUCACGGUUAUCGUUCCAGACGACGACCGCUCACUAAUCAACCUGCACCUCAUGCACACCAGCUACUUCCUCUUCGUGAUGGUCAUAACCAUGUUUUGUUACGCUGUUAUCAAAGGCAGACCCAGCAAAUUACGUCAGAGCAAUCCCGAGUUCUGUCCUGAGAAGGUGGCUCUGGCUGAAGCCUAGGCUACUGCCUCCUGUCUUCCUGAGAGAGACUGCGAGAACCAUAGUCAUUGCCUGCUGAACCCAGCCUGGGCCCGGACACUCUGUGAAUACGUUGUCUUGCAAUGUUGGGUUAUUCCAGCCAAAGACAUUUCAAGUGCCUGUAACUGAUUUGUACAUAUUUAUAAAAAUUGAGGUGAAAUUGGUCCGACGAUGCACGUGCUUCACACUGGUGCAGCCC